UGGGCACAGGUGGGCGCACUGCUGGGCACAGGUGGGUGCACUGCUGGGCACAGGUGGGCGCACUGCUGGGCACAGGUGGGCAGAACUGGUGGGUGGCACUGCUGGGCACCGAUCAUCAGGGCACUGAUCAUCAGUGCCCUGAUGAUCGCAGUAUUUUCCUCAUGCUCUGACAGCGUGAGGAAAGUGCAGCCGAGAACCGGCAAUUGCAUUUCCCGGUGAUCAGCGUGUCAUUGGACAUGGCUGAUCACGUGGUAAAAGGCCGCUGUGAUUGGCCUUUUACUACAUCACGUGAUCAGCUGUGUCCGUAGGACCAGCGAUCACGGAGAU